AUGCCAUACCCUUGUCUUGCCGUCGUUGCGUCAGCACCAAGCCCAGGUGGCCAACCCCACUUCAGCCUUGAUAAACUAUCACUCCGCGAUCUUCGAGAUGACGAGUGCUUGGUUGAAAUGGUUGCCACCGGUAUAUGUCAUACAGACGUUGCCAUAGCUGCGCGACCCGAUGGGGUCUAUCCCAGGGUUCUAGGUCACGAAGGUGCGGGAUACAUUAGAAAAAUCGGUGCAAAAGUCGGUGCCAAUCCUAACCCUUCCAAAGCACCCUUGCGGGAGGGCGACCCUGUUCUUCUUUCGUUUGCCUUUUGCGGAAACUGUACCAGCUGCCAGAGCGGGCAUCCCGCAUAUUGCCAUUCAGCUCUUGCACUGUGUUUCGGUGAUUCAGAGCCUGCAUAUACGACAGAUGCCAAUGGCGGAGGCGGUGACGGAGGUUCUGUAGCCGGCGGGUUCUUCGGUCAGUCCAGCCUCGCAAACCUGGCCGUGGUCAAGGAAUCCUGCAUUGUCAACGUGAAUGGCAUUGUCAAGGACAGGGAAGAGCUGAAGCUUUUCGCACCCCUGGGCUGCGGGUUCCAAACAGGUGCUGCGACAGUCUCGAUCCUUGCAAAUGCCCAGCCCAGCGACUCGGUCGCCAUCAUAGGACUUGGAGGCGUUGGUCUCGCCGGUGUCAUGGCUGCCAAGAUGAUUGGUUGCAAAUCCAUUAUUGCGAUUGAUCGUGUCGACGAGAAACUGCGAAUCGCCAAAGAACUGGGGGCGACUGUGCUGAUAAACAAUGAGAAGUGCCCUGAUGGUUUUCCGCAGGCCACUCGAGACGCAACCGACGGUGCAGGUUCUUCCAUCACUAUUGAUACUACGGGAGUGCUUCCUGUUAUUCAGGAAGCACUCAACAUGACUAGCAUUCUCGGCAAGAUGGUUCUACUAGGCAUGUCGGGGGCCUCUCUUGAAGUUGAUAUCACAAAGUUUAAACUGUCGGGAAAGACUCUACUUGGCAGUGUGCAAGGCGACGCAGUUCCAUCCAUUUAUGUCCCACAAAUGAUCAAGUGGUAUCGAGAGGGAGUUUUUCCCAUUGAUAAACUUACUAGCUUCUACAAGGCGAAGGAUUUUAACCUAGCAAUUCAAGAUAUAAAAACCGGAAAGGCUGUUAAGCCUAUUCUUGUAUGGGAGGAAAGCUAA